AUGACGUGCAGAAGGAAAAGAAGGGAACAUGGGAGAUACAAGGAGGACAAGAGGGCCAAGACGUCAAGGUUCCACCCCAUCAACAACCGUAGUCCUUUUUCCGAUGACAUCCUGGCGGAUACUUUGCCAAGAAGCUACAAACCCAUUUCUCUGGAUUACGAUGGUACCACUGAUCCGGAGGUACACCUCAACCGGUUUGAGGGACUGGUUACUCUACACAUGUAUACUGAGGGCAUCAAGUGCCGCAUAUUCUCCACCACGCUGACUGGCCUCGCCCAGCUGUGGUUUGGGACGCUUGCCCCAAAUUCCAUCCGUUCGUUUGAGGAAUUACAAGUGCGUUUUCUGAGGCAGUUCGCAAGCUCGCGAAGAGUUGGGAAGUCAGCUCUUUCCCUGAUGGACAUCAAACAUGAUCAGAAUGAAAUACUGCGGGAGUAUACUGCCAGGUUCAAUCUCGCUGCUCUGGAGGUGCCAGAGGCGGAAUCUCAAAUCAAGAAUUGUGCCUAUGUCAGAGGGCUCAAGCCGGGGCUCUUCUUUGAUGAGCUGCAAAUCAGACCGGCCAGGGACUUCGACGAUAUCAUGUCUAGAUUACCGGGGUAUUUACAAUUGGAGGAUGCCAGGAUGGCAAGGAAAGCUGAAAAUGACAAACAUAAGGCUAAAAGAGCCGAGGAAGCACCAGAGAGGCAGCGACACCAGGAAGGGCCCCUUUCAGAGGAUUACCCCCUAGGGGCGCCCGGGACUUACAGAGAUGGGCAGCCCCAACAAGGACCCAACAACAAACUGUGCGAGUAUCACAAUGCCUAUGGGCAUUUCACCAAACAUUGCGGGCAUCUGAAGCAUCAGUUGGAAUUUUUGGUGCGAGCAGGUAAUUUGGAUCAAUUUAUAGCUCGAGGGAACGAAGCCCAAGCACAGAGGCAAGAACAGAGAAAUGAGCCCCGACAAGAUCAGGGGAACAACCGAGACCGAAGGCCAGAGGAAAACUGGGAUAGUUAUCGAGGAGGAGCAGAGGGUCGGGUACCUCCAUUCCCAUACCGAAUAGAGGUGCACAUGAUCUUUGGGGAAAAUGGGAUACCUACAUCCAACAGGGCCAAGAAACAAGUUGUACGAGCGGUGAACUUAGGAUACUACCCUAAACAAGUUAUGGAGAUUACAAGUGCGGCAGAUGAGCCAACUAUUACCUUUGGAUCCGAGGAUCUGAGGACGCUUAUGUAUCCACACGACGAUGCGUUGGUUAUCAUGGCAGAUAUAGCCAGUUACAUCGUUCAUCGUGUUUUCAUAGACUCGGGCAGUGCAGUAAAUAUCUUGUAUUUGGAAUGCCUCCAGAACAUGGGAGUCGAAGCACACAAUGAGCCAACAAACGCCCCUUUAUUCGGAUUUGGGGGGGAAAUGGUCAUGCCCAUAGGUUUCGUGGAGCUAUCGUUAACUCUCGGCUAUGCAGAUGCUAGCAAAACCAAGGUAAUACGAUUCUUGGUGGUGGAUAUGCCAAAACCAUCCUACAAUGUGAUACUCGGCCGUCCCGCCUUGACGACGUUCAGGGCAAUAAUCUCCAUGUUCCACCUAAAAAUGAAAUUCCCCAUCGGAGGGGGAAGAGUGGGAGAAGUCUGGGGUGACCAGAAAGCAUCGAAAGCAUGCCAUGUACAAAUGUUUACACAUUCCUCGGGGCAAAAAAGGGAAAGAAUCACAGAGGGACCGGAUACCCGGAAAAAUGGAAAGGUUGGCGAAGUAAAUGCCCCAGCAGAGGAGCGUCAGGAGCUGGCAGGAUUACUGAAAGAUCGGGACAGUGCAGAGAAGACUGCCCUGGUUUCCACCAGUGACGUGGGCAAUAUGAUAGAACUAUUUCCUGGGCAAGAGGGUUUUCAGACCAAGAUUGGGUCUUCCAUGGACGAACAAACCACAGGGGAAUUAAUUAAUUGCCUCCGAAGAAAUGCGGAUGUAUUUGCCUUUAGCACAGCCGAUUUGAAGGGAAUAGACAGAGGGUUGGCAGAGCAUUGUCUCAAUGUGGAUCUUAGGGUCAAGCCAGUGAAGCAAAGAACGAGACACUUUGGGGCUGAGAAGGACGCUGCAAUCAGGGAAUAA